AUGUCCCCGUUUAAAAAGAAACCAACAGCUGAUACAGCUGUUGUAAGUGGUGGUGAUUCGUCUAUGUUUGAUAUAACACUUGAUCAACUUAAAGAACUUAUGGAAUUACGAGGAAAAGAUUUAAUGGAAAAACUUAAUUCAUCUGAAUAUAAUGGUGUUAAAGGAAUAUUAGAAAAGUUAAAAGUUGAUGGUAAUAAAGGUCUUGAUUCAAAUAAUCAGCAAGAUUUUGAACAACGUCGUACAGCUUUUGGAAAAAAUGAAAUACCACCUAAACCAACGAAAACAUUUUUCCGAUUAUGCUGGGAUGCACUUCAUGAUAUGUUAUUAGUUAUAUUAUUAAUAUGUGCUGUUGUUUCAAUUGGUCUAUCAUUUUAUAAACCACCUAAAGAAGGAGACGACGGAAAAGAAGAUGAACCAAAUAUUGAAUGGAUUGAAGGUGUAGCCAUUCUUGCUGCUGUUCUUGUCGUUGUAUUUGUAACUGCAUUCAAUGAUUGGCGAAAAGAACGUCAAUUUCGUGGAUUACAAAAUGAAAUUGAAAAAGAUCAACAAGCAUCUGUUAUACGAGAUAAUCUUAUAAAACAAAUUCCUAUUGCAGAACUUGUUGUUGGUGAUCUUUGUUUUAUAAAAUAUGGUGAUCUCGUACAAGCUGAUGGUUUGGUUGUUCAAUCAAGUGAUCUUAAAAUUGAUGAAUCAUCUAUAACAGGUUCAUAG